AGUUCGGAGGAGCUGCCCACCGAAAUAGAUAGAACGUGCAGCUCCCCAAUCCCCGCCAGGCAACGAUGACCACUUGGACUGGCCCGCCGAGGCAGAAAAAGUUACUGCGCCUGCGCAAGAAGGGAGGUUCCGGGAGAGACGGCGCGUGCCGGAACUGUUAUUGUCAGUGGGCAACGCGCAUGCGUCAGUGGGACCGCUAAAGGGACUAGGAUCGGCGAGAGCCCAUGAGGCGCUUUUGUGGGUGUGGCGGCGCAGGGGGCGGUGCCUGAUUUGAACGGGCCGCCGGCGGGGUCGGGGACUGUGCGGACGCCGCUUGUCCGCGCCAUGGCCAAGCAGCUGAGCCGGGAGCAGGGCAUCACCCUGCGGGGCAGCGCUGAGAUCGUCGCCGAGUUCUUCUCUUAUGGCAUCAACAGCAUUUUAUAUCAGCGUGGGAUCUACCCCUCGGAGACCUUCACACGUGUGCAGAAAUACGGGCUCACUCUGCUCGUAACUACAGAUCCUGAACUGAAAAACUACCUGAACAACGUGGUAGAACAGCUAAAAGACUGGUUAUGCAAGUGUUUAGUACAGCGGCUAGUGGUGGUAAUCUCUAGUAUUGAAAGCAGUGAUGUUCUUGAAAGGUGGCAGUUUGACAUUGAGUGUGACAAGACUGCAAAGGAUGAGAGUGUACCAAGAGAGAAAUCUCAGAAAGCUAUCCAGGAAGAAAUUCGAUCUGUUAUCAGACAAAUAACUGCCACAGUAACAUUUCUGCCUUUGUUGGAAACAUCCUGUGCCUUUGACUUACUUAUUUACACAGACAAAGAUUUGGCAGUGCCAGAAAAAUGGGAAGAGUCAGGACCACAGUUUAUUGCCAACUCUGAAGAGGUCCGUCUUCGUUCCUUCACUACCACCAUUCACAAAGUAAAUAGUAUGGUGGCCUACAAAAAGGAUUCUUUUCCUUGACGGAAUGAAUAAUAUGGUCAGUGUCCAUAAACUGCCUUCUUGUAAAGCUGACACUAUGAACUGUAGUUUCAUCCUGAACAGUAUUUUGUAUGGGUGUUUUUCUGUAUCUUUUACUCAAGUUUGGAUCAAAAUAAUAGCCCCCCCAAAAAAAAGCAGUUGUUCACAUCACACUCUAUGCUGCGCUGAGUCCUUGUUGACCUAUUGUCAUCACUCUAAUGAGACACAAAGUAUUUACUUAGGAAUAUGGCAGUUUUCUUUUAUACUGAACAAUAUGCCAAAUCCAUUCUAGAUUGGAGCACCAAGAGUAAUAUCAAACACUUAACCCCUCUAAAACCUGGCUUAGAAAGGCUGCCUAGAGACAAUACAUUUACGAUUGCCCUGGAAUACUCUUUAAAUGGCAGUUGUUACCUAAUCUUCAAUACAAUCUCAUAAUGAAUACAUAUUGAGAUUGUAUUGAAGAUGCACACUAACAGACUCCUAAAAA